UGCCUCCCUUGAUUGGGUUAUGCUGUGAAGUGUUGGCAUUACAGUUCACUUCACACCUAAUAGUCAAAAAGUUCAAAGAGAAGAGGAACACUACUGAAGGGCAGUAAUCCCGUCACGUGAGGAGAACGUGGCAAUAUCCGCAGAGAUACAGAUGACCUGCUUUUAAGAAAUCCCUCUUAACAAUAACGUAAUUGAUUUGAUUUAGCAGCAGCGACUGCUACCAAAGUAAAAACCGCCACCCGUGUCAUGUAGUUCCUGUCCCGCCGUUUCGAUCUGUCCAUCUGGUUUUAUUUUGGUUGGCAGAGAAGAAAGCGAAGGAAAAUAAAACAAAACAAAAAAAAAAAGGUGAAUAAUAAUAAUAGGGACUCAGGAGGUUCAUAGCGUAUGAUGUUUUGUGGUGUAUUAAAAGAUCGAAUACAGAAUUGGCUUCGCGAUUAUGAUAGUCUUCAAUACCUGGCUGUCAUCCUCAUUUAUAUUCAGAUUGGUUGCGCAUUAAUUGGAUCGCUAGGGGCAUUGUACAAUGGUGUUUUGCUGAUCAAUUUGGCAAUCGCAUUGUUUGCUCUGGUCGCCAUCGAAAGUAGCAGUCAGAGUUUGGGUCGUACCUACGCUGUUCUUCUCUUCUGUGCCAUUUUGCUUGACAUUUUUUGGUUCAUUCUCUUCACUCAUGAUAUUUGGAACAUUUCUUCGGAGAGAUAUGGACCUUUCUUUAUAUUUUCAGUCAAACUCACUUUGGCGAUGCAAAUUGUUGGAUUUUCUGUGAGGUUAUCAUCCUCAUUGUUGUGGAUUCAGAUUUAUAGAUUGGGAGUUUCUUAUGGCGAAAGUACAGCACCUCGGGAAGCAGAUUUUGAUUUAAGACAUAGUUUCCUGAGUCCAGUAACUCCUGCUGCAGUUAGAGAAUGCUCAGAUUCUGAUGUUGCUUUAGGUGGCUCCAUUUAUGAUCCAGCUUACUACUCAUCUCUAUUUGAAGACGGUCGGAGCAACAGAUAUUUGCAUGUGGAUCAAAAUUCCAGUCUUCUUGACAAUGGAUCUGCUUCUAGCCCGGAAGUUCCUCAGCUAAAGAUGUCCUUGAACAGAUCUUUCCAGACCAUAGAUUCUUAUCUUUUGCCUUCAUUGUGGAGGGACAAGGGCAUUCAAGAUUCCAAAUCUAAUCAUGAUGGCUGUCAAUCAUAGCGAUGGUCUUAUGUUUAUACAUGCAGGGCAGGUGAUUUGGAAUAGGAGGAGAAUGCUGCAGGCGAGCAUCAGAUUGUUUAAAUUAGGUUAUUGUAUUUUUGCAGUACCGGUCCCCCACCAUAGUGUUAUCUGUUUUGAGGUUGAUUUCUUUGACGAGGUCAGUUGAGUGCAGGAGUGGUACUUGUACAGUUUUUGAUUCUUGCCAUUUCUCCCCCCAAAAUGACAGCUGUCAAACUCCAAGUUAUACGAGCCGCACGAACAGUUUUUUCUGCAAGAGUGCAAUCUGAAUGCCAAAGGUUCUUCCGAUUUUACCAGUUUUACAAUUUGAGAAGACAUUAUCUGAGUCCAUCAUGCAAUAUUAAGCUGAGGAUGGUAUCUGCAGGUCCGUCAAAGGUCUGAAUAUGGUGCAAUGUCUAUAUAUUUAAGCCUACCACGCAGGCAGACUGAUAGAGUUUCGCAUGUGGUGCACUCUGAUUGGAUAGGCUAUCUCUAGGUCCAACGGGCAAUGCAUCUUGUUUUGAAGAGCUUCUGAAAUGGAUUAAUUACCCUAUUUAGAAUGCCAAAACUUUUGUCAAAUUUCUUCAUUGGUUAUUCUUUUUUUUUUUUUUUUUUUUU